AUGUUAGUAACUAGAGAAGAUGCGAUUGCUCGAGCAGCCGUAAGAUUGGGAAAACUAGUUGAGUAUGGUGGAAAGGAAACAAAAGACAUUAUAGAGCGGUUUAAUGCGGUGGCUUUACGAGAAAUGAACAUUUCGGCUGAAGCACUUAUGAAUGCACUUGGCCAACUUUUCAAAUGCGACUCGAUGCAAGCCACUGAGAAGUUCUUAGUUCUAGAUGUCUUCUAUGAUUUACUAGUGGAUUUAGUAAGCCGGCGUGAAGAGAUAGAUUUGGGCGAAAUUCCAGCUAGUCUUAUGAAGAUGAAGUUCAUGAAGAAUGAAAAGCAUAUUGAAAGAGCGAUUAUUGUUUAUCUUAAUGUGAUUGUGCUUCUUUUACAAGUCAAAAACACUCAAGAGCACCGGAUCAAUAUUUUCAAAGUGUUCUGUACUCUAUUCAUGACCAAGUCUUUCAUUACUAGUACGCGUUGUGGUUACUUGAUUCCCCAUAUGUUUAAGGAGUUCUUGAAAGGUCAUCCGGAAUUUAUUGAUAAUCUACUGGAUAAUGAAGAUAAGUUGGUUCUUUGUCCGCCCUUACUAGAAGCCGUUCUUUCUUCGCAUAGCCAGAUGAACAGUCGGUUAUCACGUGUGAUAGUGGUGGAUUUCAUUAGGCGUAAAACUAACUCAACUGUUCUCUCCUCAGUUGGUAAGGGGUUCUUAGACCCCUUCUACUACCAAGUCUACAUGGAAAGAGAAACUGCGCCAGUGGAAACUCUAACACCUAUUCUAAGCCAGAAGAAGUUCUUGGAGUACUUAGUUCUUGAUACGUCCUUGCGGCUCACGGGCAAGAAUAUCUUAGAUCGUACGAUUGAAAAGAUUCUUAUGUCAGGGCCAAUCCAUCUAGUUCGAAUGAUUCGAAGCAGUGACGAACCAGAAGGUUGUGCUUAUUGUCCUGUUGCCAAUGACUUAAUGAAGCACACGCAGACUAAAACUGAGUUGGAAGGACUUUUGGCCGAGUUCAACAAAUCGGGCGCACUAGAACCGAUCGUGACUUAUCUCAAGUCGAUUGGCUUUACUGAACCCGAGUUAGCAGCGGCCAGAUACUUACGUGCCCAUCCCGAUACGAAUUUAUACAUGCUAGGAAAGUAUAUUGGCAAGGAAAACCACCAGAACUUCCUUGCGGCCUUCUGCCAAAGCUUCUCUUUCAUUGAGCAUAGUAUUCUAUCGGCCCUUCGUGUCUUUCUGUUAUGUUUCAACCUACCGGGCGAGGGACAACAAAUCGAACGCAUUAUCUAUGCUUUCUGCACACGCUAUGCCGAGGAGAAGAAGCAGCACUUUGAUACGAUUCUUUCAGUAGCCAUGUCAAUCAUCAUUUUAAACACUAGCAUCCAUAAUGUGAAUAUGGUUAAGAAGAUUACCUUGGAAGAGUUUACCUCUAUUGUUCGUGGUGACUGUCCUAAUGUAGAAACUGAUUAUUUAGAGAGCAUAUAUGAGCAGAUCAAAAACCAAAAGCUGCAGGUUCCUCAGUCUAAUGCUGCUUCCGUGGAGAACAUUGAUAGUAUUGCUGCCCAGUCCGAGGCAGAUGAAAUGUUGCAUAAAGAACGUCUGCCUAGACAGCCUGGAAAGUACUGUAGUCGUUGUAGCCAAAUUGUUCAUCUCUACAUUCUUGAGCGCUAUCAAAUCAAAAAUUAUCUUAUUGAAAACAGUUCGAACGCUGAAAUCAGGGAGUUUAUUGCUUUAUGUAUGCGUAUCAAUGCUCGGGCUAUUGCUUUUAGUGUGAUCCAAGACUCUCCCGAUCUUAACUUUGUGCUGAGGUUGGUUUAUGACUAUCGCCACGAAAUUCUUCAUCUCUGGAAGUGUUUUGUCUCAACUCUAUCGGCUCUCUGUGCAGCUAAAGAAGAAUCACCUAAUGGAUCUCGUUUCUUCCGCACUAUCUUUGCUUUUGGCAAGGAGACCAAAAAGGACAAGAAAACGAUCUUUUCCGAUAGUGAGUUAGAUGAAAUUUUAUCAGUAACCAGUACGUUUUCAGAUAGUUCGCUUACGGAAGUGGCUAUGGAUUUGCUUGCGGAGUUGGAAAAGUCUAAGUCCAAAGCUCUUGCCCAAGUGGCUUAUCUCCUUGUCUACAAGAACCUUCAGCGCAUUCAUUUACUUACACCACUACUGGAGAUAUCUAUCUCGUCCGCUCUAUUCUUGCCUAAAGAGUUCGUGGCCAUCUGCAGUGCUGCUCCUUUACUUGAGAUGGUUGAGCUGCUAUCAGAUAUUUCUUACAAAACCUCUAAACACACUUCUUCUGUUGUUCUGGCCGUUCUCCAGCACAUCACCAACCGGUUUAUCGAGCAUCCUCCAACUGCCAUCGAGAUGGCAAAGACCGAAAAGUGGCUUAUCACUCUAAUCAGUUCGGAAGCUUUCAAACACCGCGAACAAGAAAUACUCCAAAAUAUCUGGGAUGCUAUCGAGCAGCUAGCUCUACAGAUAGACAGUUCGGGCCAUGAUUCCUUCGAAGUGUUUAUUAAGCUCAAAGACAUACUGAAAGAGAAGAAUAAGCUUGUGAUCAUCACCAAUACUCAAAUGUACUACAAGAGCAUCAACCGAGUACUUCUAUGCUUAGAUCUCGUGCAGAACGCCAAAAACAAAGAGACUGAAGCUCUACUACUCCAAGUCUUUUCCGAUCUGCUGGAAAAAGAUCUUGAAGGCAUUGCUAGUAUCCUUGAAAGUUGUGAAAACGUUCUGGAAAAGACACCCAUCCACGAACCGCUUGGAAGACUUCUCUAUGAGAAGAUCAAAACUGAUGAUGGACAAAGCACCAAGUACCUCCAAAAACUCUUCUCUAAACUCAACAUCAAGGCAACUGAUACCGAAGAAGUGAUCGACCUUUAA